GGGGGUCUGUAACGCUCCUUUGUGUUCCCAGGCAGGAGGAAGAGCAGGGAUGUGCCCUGCGUGUCUGCAGGGGCCCAGCUGCCGUGUCUGUCAGGCGGCUGCCACGUGGGCCAGACCUGUGCCGAAGCACAGCUUGGGGCGGGCUGAAGGCGAGCGCAGCGCUCUGCAGGUGCUUGUGACCAUCACGCUCAGUAGGCAGAUGAGACAGACAUUGUAUGAAUGACAUCUGGACACCUAACAACAUCUAACCAAACCGCAAGAAAUCUCUCUAAGAGCCGCGUUGUACAAGAGCUGAGAGUUACAGCAAUAAGAAAGAUCAUAACAGAGAAAGCCGUAUUCUGCCAUCAGGAAAUUAUUGCAAGAGUUAAUUAUUUGUGCUCUGGAGGCAUCUUCUUCCUGCUGCAACAAAGAGGUGUAUGUAUCUGUUCUGGAGAGCUGAUGGACUGCGGAGCAGACUGUGCCAAGUUCCAGAAGAGUGAGCUGGAGUACAAGUUCAACAAGAAAGCCUUAGAGAGGCCGUACACCUCUCAGCACUCAUGGGGAAAGACCUACGGGGAGCACAAGCGCCACUUGGAGUUUAGUCAUGACCAGUACAGGGAGCUGAAGAAAUAUGCCCAGGAGGUCGGCAUUUUCUUUACAGCUUCUGGCAUGGAUGAGAUGGCGGUGGAAUUUCUACAUGAAUUGGAUGUUCCGUUUUUCAAAGUAGGGUCAGGAGAUACAAACAAUUUUCCAUAUUUGGAAAAGACUGCAAAGAAAGGUCGCCCAAUGGUGAUUUCCAGCGGGAUGCAGUCAAUGAACACAAUGCAUCAGGUUUAUCAGAUUGUGAAGCCCAUCAAUCCAAAAUUCUGCUUCCUGCAGUGCACCAGUGCAUACCCACUUCAACCCGAGGACGUCAAUCUUCGUGUUAUAACGGCAUAUCAGUCAGCUUUUCCUGAUAUCCCCAUUGGCUAUUCGGGACAUGAAACUGGCAUAGCCAUUUCAGUGGCAGCUGUUGCUAUGGGUGCAAAAGUAGUUGAACGCCAUGUGACUCUGGACAAAACUUGGAAAGGAAGUGACCACCAAGCAUCCCUGGAGCCAAAUGAACUUGCAGAGUUGGUGAAAGCCAUCCGUACUGUGGAAAAGGCAAUGGGUUCUCCAGUCAAGCAGCUCUUGCCCUGUGAAAUGGCUUGUAAUGAAAAGCUGGGAAAGUCUGUUGUGGCAAAAGUGACAAUUCCUGAAGGUACGGUACUGACACUGGACAUGCUGACAGUGAAGGUGGGAGAGCCUAAGGGAUUUCCCCCGGAAGCCAUCUUUGAUCUGGUGGGCCGGAAGGUCAAAAUAAAUAUUGAAGAAGAUGAAACCAUCACGGAGCAGGCAAUGGAAAAUCAUGUAAAAAAAGUGAAAUACUAAACCAAAGCGCACUCGUCUGUAUUUUGAUGAUGUAGUAUUGCACUACUACACAGCGUAUAUAGGUAUAGCAGCAUGGUAGAUUAGAAGAAAGGGGGAAUCACGAGAAUCGAAAUAGACUAAAAUGUUCAGGUUCUUGGUAGCAGGAAGUGUUUGCAGCAAAUGGAUUUAAAUUGUACAGGGUGGUUUUACUGGAAAAUGUAUAGCACGGGGUUCAGAAAAUGCCAUGCUACUCCUAUUCCAUUCCACUUAAACUAGUGUAAUUUGGAGGUUUGCCAAACCUGAGACCAAGGUCUGCUGCUUUCCAGCUUCCCUUUUCUAGUAAGAUUAUGCAAAACGAUCAUUAUUUGUCUACACUUUGAACUAUUCUAACACUUUAUGUUUUGGUGGCCUGCUCUUCUGCUGUUUCUCUCACCCCUCUAAUAACAGACAGCUAGUCUGUUCACUUAGCAGAUAGGUUAUGUAAAGGUUAUGUAAACUGAAGAGAAGACUUCACCCAUGCCACCUGAUGGAUUUCUUAGUUGGCUAAAAUGUCUCAGGAUAAAGAACUGGGUUGGAACCAGCUUGAGGUGUGGAGGUGGACAAACUGGAAGUGAGACUGAACAGAGAAAGGGAGAUAUCUGUUCCUGUAAUACCAUUCUGGGAAAACUUAGCCUCCUUGAGAAAACUACCUCCCCAUGUGGCCAUACCGUAUCAAGAGACAGCACCGAGAAAGGCAGUAAAUUAGAUACAUAGAAAGCCCCUAUAUAAAGGGUAAGAGAAACGGCCUUUGUGUCUUUUUUCUGAACUGAAAGGCAAAAGAGGCAGCCACCUAGAUCAAGUAAAAAAUGGACCCAAGAUGAUGGAUCAGUUGAAAUAAAUUUAAUCUGUGCUCUGAAAAAAAAAAAAAAAAGAAAGAAAAGAAGAAAAAGCCCAUGGUACCCACUGUGAGCUGAUUGAAAUCUGGACCUUAAAUGAAUUCUGCAAUGAAUUGGGGCACCUGUUAUUUGUAUUGCCAGCCUGUUUACUGAAGGUAGCUGGGGUAAGAUCUCAGAUUUCAGGUGGGAGGCUAAAUUCUGGUCAGGAUUCAGCCGCAUCCUUCCUGGACUGUCAAGUGAAAAAACUGAUUGUUUUUUUGUUUGUUUGUUUUUGGGUUUCUUUAACACUGCUCUUUGAAACAGCCAAGGCUGGCUACUGGACUAGAUGCCAUCAUGAUGUUUCAUCACUAUGCAUGAUGGUCUGUGCUCCUCUGUGUCCUCUGCUUUUGCAUCACAGGCUCUUGCCUCUUAAGAAGGAAAUGCAAUCCCACUCCCGGUCAGCUUGCUGCUCUUCCCUUCAUCCAUGAGGGGUCCAAAUGGCAGCAGCUACAAACAGUGCAUCCCUCAGUUAGACUGGCUA